AUGGAGUCUCAGUCUCAGAGUGGUCAACCGGAAGCCCCAAAGCGUUCUCCAAUCGCCGGAAUGUUCCAUAAACUAAAAACCAAUCUGGUUUUCCGGUCGAAGCUCGCCGAAGUAAACGGUGCAAUGGGUGAUCUCGGCACUUACAUACCGAUCGUCCUCGCUUUAACUCUCGCCAAGGAUUUGGAUUUAGGCACAACUCUGAUAUUCACUGGCAUAUAUAACGCCAUAACCGGAGCGGUUUACGGCGUCCCCAUGCCGGUCCAACCGAUGAAAUCCAUUGCAGCCGUGGCGAUUUCAUCAACCGGUGAGGAUUUCGGCAUACCGGAGAUCAUGGCCGCCGGAAUCUGCACCGGAGGGAUCUUGUUCGUGUUAGGAAUCUCCGGUUUGAUGCAGUUUGUGUUCAAUAUCAUUCCUUUAUCUGUUGUUAGAGGGAUUCAACUGUCACAAGGCUUAGCCUUUGCUAUGUCUGCGGUUAAGUAUAUUAGAAAGGAACAGAAUUUUUCUAAGUCAAAGAGUGUUGGUGAUAGGCCAUGGUUAGGGCUUGAUGGUUUGGUAUUGGCUUUGGUUUGUGUUCUGUUCAUAGUUCUUGUGAAUGGAGAUGGUGAAGAAGAAGAAGAAGAGGAAGAAGAGAGAGAUGAUUCAAGAAGAAGAGUUUCGAUAAGGAAGAUUAUAGCGAAUGUACCAUCUGCUCUGUUAGUUUUCUUGUUGGGUGUUGUUUUGGCAUUCAUAAGGAAGCCAAGUAUCGUACAAGACAUUAAGUUUGGACCUUCGAAGAUUAAGGUAGUGAAGAUGAACAAAGAAGCAUGGAGAAACGGGUUCUUGAAAGGGACGAUUCCGCAGUUACCUCUCUCUGUUUUGAACUCUGUUGUGGCUGUGUGUAAGUUGUCUUAUGAUUUGUUCCCUGAGAAGAAGUUCUCGGCUACAUCGGUUUCGAUGACUGUUGGUUUGAUGAACAUGGUGGGAUGUUGGUUUGGUGCAAUGCCUACUUGUCAUGGAGCGGGCGGGUUAGCUGGUCAGUACAAGUAUGGUGGGAGAAGUGGUGGGUGUGUGGCAUUGUUGGGAGUUGCUAAACUGUUGUUAGGAUUGGUCUUGGGAAGUUCAUUGGUUGGUAUAAUGGAGAAGUUUCCUGUUGGUGUUCUUGGAGCUUUGUUGCUGUUUGCAGGGAUAGAGCUUGCAAUGGCUGCUAGGGAUAUGAACACAAAGGGAGAUGCAUUUGUUAUGCUUGUUUGCGCUGCUGUGUCUUUGGGCUCAAAUGCUGCAAUAGGGUUUGUUGCUGGGAUUGUUUUGUAUGUUGUUUUGUGGAUGAGGAACUAUGGGAGGGUCAAGCCAAGCGCGAGCGGUCUUCCCCUACGCACUGACGCAGCCUGA